AUGAGUACCCCUGAGGGAUUGAACCCACAGGACAGGGCACACACGUUAUGGCAAGGUAACUUACCUAACCGUGCCCCGUCUACAACACUAUGUCCAAAGAACAAAUCUUUGCACAUCUUCACUGCUCCCAACUUUGACAAGAAUAUGAUUGUAGAUCUUGCAUCCGCUGCAUGGGCUAGUACUAUCCAUCCAAUGAGGGUCUUGUUUAAUCUCAGAAAACUCGUUUCCGCAAGGGACGUGGAUGAUGUUCUCUCUGACCGUGUAGGCCGGAUGACCUCUCUCACUCUACGUUAUACUCGCUCAAAAGACCUUCUGACAGAAGCCUUCUUUACUGACCCUUCCUCCCGCACCAAAGCAACGUCUGACGAGUUGACCUAUCAGAACACCCGAAUCAUUGCUACACUAAGAUUGCCUUCUAACUGCUACAUUGUUAAGGUUAAUCUUUACCAUAUUAACGCCUGCGAUCCUAGCACAGAUAUUCUCAAGCCCAUCGAAAAUGCAUUCCGGCCUUUUGGCAAAAUCGUUCAGCUGAGAGCUUAUCUCUCACACCGUGGUACUUUCUAUGGCGAAGCCACUAUCUAUUUAGACACCUCUGAACAAGAUGAGGUCCGCAGUCUCCCAAGCCGUCUCCACCUUGGUGGGUCUCUUUCCUGCCUUGCUGAGCUCCGCUCCACCGAUAUCACACCUGUGUGUGGAUACUGCCGAGAGGAAGGACAUUAUCUACGCUCCUGUACAAAACGUUCUCCUCUCGCACCUCGCACCUCACACCUUGCUGCCAAUGAUGCAGUCCAAGCGCGCUACCCAAGAGCAGCAGCAGAUUGCACUUGCCAAUACUGCAUCCCUUCCAACACACCAAUACUUGGUCGCUAUGAUAGAGACACCUGUACCACCAGCCACAUCAUAAACCUUGACUCCUACCCAUGCUUCACCCAUUCUCAACCCACCUGCUACACACACAAUAUGUCGCUGUUCCAUAUCAGCGAUGAAUACUCGCGCCAUGACGACCAGAAACCAGACCCCACACAACGACAAUCCCCCAAUUCCAUUUGA